AUGCAACUCCCUAUUGACUUAUUCAAGCUAAGUAACAGUAUAGCACAGAGAGUUAUCCUUUGACUUUCUUACUCGCUUGUUCAUUUUUGUUUCAUUUUGGUGCUUGCCAAUUUUUGACAGUAGUCUACUUAUCCACUCCAACUGAGGAUUCAGAAAGUAUAGUUCGUCUUUAUUUUGACAUUAAAACAUCAAAGAGAGGUUUCCAAAUUCCUUUUAUGAUGUGAAACAUUUCAUUUCAUUUUGUUCAAACUGAGCUGCGAGCUGCGACACUUCACUCUCAAAGUUCAAUCAUGAUGUACGACAACAUGUCAUGGCGAGUAUUGCUUAUUCAUGCAGAGAAGAAAGUGAAUGAUUCCAUCCUUGCCAUUAUUCAUGGAGUCGAAGAUGAGUUAAAACUGGAAGAGAAAGUUGUCUAUAAACGUCGCUACAAUGAGAGAGAUAACGUCGCAACAUAUGUUGUAGAGAAGAUGAGGGAUCUGGAUCAAGAUGAACCUCACUGUAAGGCGAUCAUCUUUCUCUCAUCUCGUCUCUGUGAAGUUAUGAAAAAUAACAAGGAAAUUUCCCAGACAUUCCAAGAUUUAAUCUUAAAAGACCAAGGCACAUCAAGGAAUGAGCGUCGUUUGGCACUCUUAUGGGACAAAGAUUUGACGCCCUCAGAUCCUAUCUUUCAAGAAGCUUUCUCCCAGAGAUUUGUAGAGCACUUCAGACUAAACAAUUUUGGAGUGAAAUGCAGAGCAGAUCCAAGCGACAUGAAGUUACCCAGUUUUGUAAAGGCUAUCUUAAAGCAAUGGAUAGGUCCAGGUGAUAGCCAAUCAGAGGCUGCUGCAUCUUCAGGAAUCCCUAUGAGGGAUGAUGCUACACUAGAAAUAGAUUCAGUUCAUAUCGUCCAUGGAGGUGACAAGGCAGCCAAGCAAGCAGUCAGAGAAAUCAGUACAGAGCUUGAAGAUGGCUUUCAAUUAAUGGAUCCAACUAAAUACAAACUCUACAACAGAAUACAAGAUCAACAGAUCCCAGAGAUAGUGAUGUUGGAAGUACAGAGUAUCAUUAGGAAUGAUGGUCCCAAUACACUUGGAGUCAUUACUUGGUGUCAAAGGCUACUGGAUAUCAUGACAGGAUCACCACACAAAGACCGCUUUGAAGCCUUGAUUUUAUCGGCCUCCAUGAAGAGAGUGGUCCACAUGUGUCUGGUUAAUCGCCAUAAGAUAUUCACGGCCUUCCCGAAGAUGGCUGAUCUGAUGAUUAUUUCACUAGAGAGACAUGAGGAUGGAACCAUAGAUACAACGGAUCUCAUCAACAGAGUUAAGCUUGCCCUGGAUCACCACACUGGAAAUAUGUCAGGAGUAGAAAAAGCAUUUGACAGUACAGAAGCCAACCCACCCUCAGGUGCACAGGAUACCAGUCACCAGCUUCCAAACGAUGAACGCAAGAUGAGUGAACCCAGUUAUCUGUCCUCUCAGGAAGGCAAGGUCCAGAUGAGGACCAGUCCUAUCCCUCCUGGUCUCAGCUCUACGAUGGGAUUAAUAGGAAACCCCAGUAACCAGAAUCAGCAAGGAGGAAGGGUAGUACCCUCAGCACAUUCCUCUCACAGCAAGGAUUUAGCAGGUUAUACAUCGGGUGGGAAAUGUAACCCUGGCAAUGGUCAACCCAUCAAUGCACAGCCUUCAAGUGGAGGUAGAUCCGAGAACCAGGACUGGAAGAUCGUUGGAGCUAAUGGAGAUUCAUGGAAUAGCCAUCUUCCGAUGGAAGGUUAUGUUCAUCAAAGCAGACCACCACUUACCCCCUCUCAGAGUGACAGUAGCCAGGCAGGUCAUCAAGCUUCAGGACACUUACCAACAUCAAGGGAUAGUUCAUCUGGAGUGUAUCACCAAGCAACAGCUUCAAAGUCAUCCUCGAAUACUGACAAGUACCUGGCCAAUGGAGACUCAAUGCCUCUCACUUCCAUCCAUUCCCUGCCAUAUGGAUCCAAGGAACCAGUGCUACCAACAAGCGAUGCAACCUUUGAGUGUCCAUCAGGUUUUAAUCCAAGCAGCAACGGGAGCCAGUACCCUGCAGCAGCAGGACCUAAUAAUGUAUGUACUCCUUCAAGAAAUGGCCACUACCCUGCAGCAGAGAUACCCCCAAAUAUUCGGCCUGCUCCACGUGAUGAUGGUAUGCAGAGGCCCUCUGGAAACAAGAUCCCAAGAAGAGAUAACACGGGAGACAUCCAUAUGUCUGAGCCUGAAGCACCUGCUGCUUCUCUUCAUCAAGAAUACCCCAGUGGAAUCACUCCAUCUGUGGUCUCCACUGCCCCAUCAGAGGGAUCAUGGCAACAUCAGUUUGCAUCCUUGGAAACAAACCCCAAUCCUAUCAACACCAGCCAGGGGCCUGCAUCUCUACCCGCAACAACAUCCUUCAACAAUACAUCACAUGGGUCAGGAGGAAAGCCAUUUGUUCAAGUUGCUGAAGACAACCCACAUGAAUGUACCAAUCCAAACAGCAAAGAUGCUUUCCAACAAGAAGAUUUCAGAGAGGGUUUUGGCCAAAAAUUACCAGUCAAUGCAAUUGGACCUGAAUUCCAUUCUCUUCCUCCACUAAGAGCAGGCCAGAGAGUGAGAGAUGAGGGCAAUACAAAUGAUGAUGAAAGAGUUCACACCACUCCGCCUAGAAUCAACAGUCCCCGUCGUCCUCUCUUCACCACAGACUUUCCUGAGGAGCCCAAGGAUCCUCCAGACUUUCCCAUCAAAGACAUGGACUACCGCUGCAGAGAGAUGCUGAAGAUCAUGCUGGAUCCAGAGACCAAUACGGGCAGUGACUGGAAGGUCUUUGCUUACUACUAUAAGAUGAGGUUUGAGGAAGUGAGAUACGUUGAUUCUCUGACCAAGAGCUCAACACUCUACUUGUUUAACUGGCUGCAUGAGAAGCGGCCUGAGCUAACCUGUGGUGAUUUCAAGAAGUGUGCUGAGAUUCAUCAACGAUUGGAUGUCGUCAGGAAGAUGACCAAGUUUAAUUAUUGAUCAGUAACUGUAUGGCAUUAGUUUGAUAAAUCCCCAAGGCUUUAGUAGAGGGACAACUAGGUGGCAUUACCCAUACUGAUAGGUUUAUCCAUUAAGUAAGUUCCUUUGAGUACUGAUGUGUGAACCCUUGAAUGGCAUUGAAUAGGUUGAUAUACAAUAUUUACAUACAUUUAACUCAUUAAAGAAGGCAAAUUUCACGGCAUUGACUGGAUAAACUCAACAUUAUAAGACCUCACAUCCUUUUAUUUUCCUAUGUUUGAUGAAAAACAGUCAAUACAUGUUGAAAGCAAAGGCUUUUUCAACAUGUUUUUGUCAUCAAGGUAUACAAUCACCAAUUUAUUUGGAAAAGCCUGCUUAUUUUGGUGACACUAAUCAGUGAAGCUUCAAAAGCUAAGUGCUGAUUGGUGAAUUCCAGUGUCAAAACAGUAACCAAGCUUGCUGACACAAAGGUUGAAAAAUAAGGCAUUUGUAGUGGUAGUGUGUGUCAUGUAGUAUCUGAUUGGAUCAUUGCUAACUUGGCCUGGGAGCUCACUCUGACUAAUUGAAAUAGCUUGGGCAAGUUGGCAAGGAAAAAUUGAAUCGAUUAAAGAAAAAAAUCCCUGAACUUUGCACAGCCAUUUUCACUGAUUAUUUGAUAGGAAUGGAAAAUUGUUCCUAAAGAAGUAAUAAUGAAAAUGUCAUGAAUUGAAUUUAGGGGUAUGUGAGAUUUCAUAUGUAACCAACACUUUACCUCUUCUGGCCGGAGUUUGCCCACCGUUUGCUGAGUAAAGCUCAGUUUGUGGUGUACAAAUUGAGGAAUGGAUUGUUAGUUUAAUCUUUGGUUUACUCAUGUAAGCUUGACGUCUUAACGAGAAUUGUUCUGCAUAUGUUAGUGUAUACGUAUAUUUUGAAAAUGGAAGAUGUCAUUGUUGUGUUCAAUUUUUUAAUAUAAAUAUGAUGAUAAUAAAUAAAUAAAAUGACAAAAGUAGAAGAAAAAAAACCAAAAAAAAGGAGAAAAUUAUGUAAAAAAUGCAGUUCUCUAAAGAAAAAAUGGUAAUAUCUAUGCUCAUAAAUUUGUAUAUAGUUAUUAGAUUACGAUGUUACUGUUGUAUAAUAGUAUGGCAUGGUAUGUAUAUUGUAGUUGCUACAUUUCUGAUGUAGUAAACAUGUAUGAGUUGAUGCUUGAAAUUAUAGUGUUUUACUUCAUAUUUGAUGGCUUGUGGGUUACAUAGAACUUUACACAUGGCCAUAAAAAAUGUAGUUGUAUAGAUUUUAACCCAAAAUUACAAUUUUAAAAAUAAUAAUAAAUACCGGUAAACUUAAAAUAGACCUAGGGCUCAACAUGUCUUGCCUUUGGUAUAUGUCUUAAACAUUUUUUUGCUCUAGACAUAUGUAUUAUCCAUCAUUUUACACAGCGAGUCCGUCAAUUUUUUUAUUAUUGUUUAAUUGCAUUUUACAUAGACUGUGAAUACCAGUACUCCAACACAAGCAAAACAUGAACACAUCUAACUCCCAUUUUUUAAGAGGACCAGUAAAACCAGAAACUUUGGCUACCCUAGACUUUAUUAUUUAUUGAUGACUGCCAUCCUCACAGCAAGAAACUGUUUUUUUAUAGUGUAAUAAAAGCAAUGACAUUAACAACAAAAAACCCAGUAAACCUUUCACAUGACCAUUACACAAGUUCAGUGACGUUGAAACGUGUGUUCAAUUUAAUGCAUUCAUUUCAAUGAGUUUUCUGCAAUUUUGUACUUUUGAUGGUAUCAUGAAACGCUUCUUAGAUGUCUAGUAUAUGUUUGAAUGCAACUAAGACGAUGCAUGUUUGGAUUGUAUAUGGGUGUUAAAAUGAUCGGCUUAUGUUGAAAGGUCAGUACUACUGGUAGAUCUGCCCAAAAUGGCUUGAAACCAGGUUUCAAGUCGAAUCCCUUGCGGGAAAUUUGCAAAAUAUUUUGGUCUUAGGGAAUGUUUAUGCUUCAAAAAAA